AUGCUAUUUUCAUGCCCUCUUUUGGGAUUUGCCAGUUGUCCUUUCUGAUUAUUUUCUGGAAUAGAUCUUCAAGAAACCUUGCCUGGUGUAUUUAAUACUCCUUUUCUGUCUUUCCAGGUUUCUUCAUUGCCCGCAGCUACAGAACCUCCAAAAUCCCAUUCUAAGAAAGCGCCGGAGUUACCAGUCCUGGAGAGGAAAAACUGGUUGAUCUAUCUGCUGUAUGUUCGCAGAGACUACGAAGAGUGCAAGGCUGUCAUCAAAGAGCAGCUCCAGGAGUCUCAUGGGCUGUGCGAAUACGCAGUCUACGUUCAAGCUUUGAUAUUUCGCUUGGAGGGGAAAAUUCAAGAAUCUCUUGAACUUUUUCAGACAUGUUCCAUUCUGAACCCUCGAAGCGCUGACAACCUCAAGCAGGUGGCACGAUCGCUGUUUCUUUUGGGGAAACACAAGGCAGCCAUUGAAGUGUACAACGAAGCAGCUAAACUCGAUGAAAAGGACUGGGAGAUCAGCCACAACCUGGGUGUGUGCUACAUGUACCUGAAACACUUCAACAAGGCGCGAGACCAGCUAAACAAUGCCCUGGACCUCAACAGACAUGAUCUGACUUACAUGAUGCUGGGGAAAAUUCACCUAUUGGAGGGGGAGAUGGAUAAAGCCAUUGAAGUCUAUAAGAAAGCCGUAGAGUUUUCUCCAGAAAAUACAGACCUCCUUACAACACUGGGGUUACUUUACUUGCAGCUUGGGGAUUACCAGAAGGCUUUUGAACACCUUGGAAACGCCCUUACUUACGACCCAGGCAACUACAAGGCUACCUUGGCGGCUGGCAGCAUGAUGCAGGCCCAUGGAGAUUUUGACGUUGCCCUCUCCAAAUACAGGGUGGUAGCCAGCACUGUGCCUGAAAGCCCCCCACUGUGGAACAACAUUGGCAUGUGUUUCUUCGGGAAGAAGAAAUAUGUAGCAGCUAUCAGCUGCCUGAAGCGGGCAAACUACUUGGCUCCCUUUGACUGGAAGAUCUUGUACAAUUUGGGGUUAGUCCACCUCACGAUGCAGCAGUACGCAUCUGCUUUCCACUUCCUCAGCGCUGCCAUCAACUUCCAGCCCAAGAUGGGAGAGCUGUAUAUGCUCCUUGCAGUUGCUCUGACAAACCUUGAAGACAUUGAGAAUGCAAAACGUUCAUAUGAGCAAGCUGUGGCACUGGACAAGUGCAACCCCCUCGUCAACCUGAACUAUGCUGUCCUGCUGUAUAACCAGGGUGACAAGAAGGGAGCCCUCUGCCAGUACCAGGAGAUGGAGAAGAAGGUCAAUGCAGUGAAGGAGAGCAGUACUCUUGACUUUGACCCUGAGAUGGUGGAGGUUGCCCAGAAGAUGGGAGCUGCCCUGCAGGUGGGGGAGAGCCUGGUCUGGACGAAGCCUUCUAAAGACUCUAAAUCCAAGAGAGCUGCUUCGUCAGGGAAAUCCUCCAGCACUCAGCAGCCUUUGGGCUCUAACCAGGCCCUGGGUCAAGCCAUGUCCUCAGCUGCAGGGUAUGGGAAAACCAUGCAGCUUCCCCCAGGUGCUGGAGCAUCAGCGGCGCUUACAAAGCCUCCCUCGCUGCCUCUGGAACCAGAACCGGGCUCAGAAACCAGCCCCGAGGAGACCUCAGCACCAACUGGGGCUGAGGAACAGAGGAAAGAAAAGCGCAAGAGCCGGCAGGCAGCGGACUAGAGUGGACUCUGGUUGGGACAGGCAGGUGCAGGGACAUCUCCAGUGCUGCCUGCUGACUUGUGGGGAAAGGGACUUGCCCUC